UUUUUUCUAAAUUAACCGACACAUUGCAAUUAGGAAAUUAGGACAAAGGCUAUCUAAAGUGUCAAUCUGUUUCUGAAGACCAAUAAUUGUAGAUGAGUAAGUGCCACAUCGUCAUCAAACAAAAGCAGAAAAAAUGAAUGAUAUCUGGAUGAAGCCGAACACCAUAUCCACAUGUAGAUUCUAUUUCAUCAGCAAGUUCCUUAAUAAAGAUUCAGAACAAUAGUGGGCCCAACACGCAUCCUUGUCUUAGGCCCAGCAGGCAUUGUAAAGGGUCUGGCAAAAUGUUGUUAGCUCUGACACAUUCUUUGACACAAUUGUUAAUGAAUUUAAGGCAAUUAACAUUUUGAAAGGAACGCCUCUACAUUGUAGAACAAUAAAUCAAACGCCUUAUUAAAAUCAACAAAGGUCACAUAAAGCUUGCCGCGUCUCUUUGACAAGAAUCUCUGUAUAAUAGCGUGCAAAAUAAAAUUAUAGUCUGUGGUGUUCGGAAUCCUGCUUGCGAUUCAGAUAUUCUAUCAUAUGCCAAAUGUUAAUCGUUUGUUUAAUAUAGCUAUAAUAUUAUCAAAAUCGCUAAAAACACUCAACAGCUUAAAUCCUCUAUAGUUAUAAGGCAAUUAGUAUCAGCAAUACCAUCAUCCGAUCCAGCAGAUUUUGAUGAUUUUAAUUUCAUAAUACAUUGAUAUAUUUCAGCUUGUGUAGUUGGUACAUCUAAAAUGUCGGGUUGAUAGACACCUGUACUUGUACAUCGCGAGAGACGCGCAUGCAGUUAUCUCGGCGUGGCCGGUGGCGUUUGACUGAAAUGAGCAUGUUACAGGCAGAUGUGAUCAGUCUCACCUCGAUUCGAUAUUGAAUGCACAACAAGAUACAAACAAAGAAGAUGAAGCAAUGACAUAGACCACCACGCUUGCUCCCGAAAGCCUAUAAAUGUGGAGUCAAUGAUAUCGGCAUCUUUCCGUCUGUCAUUCAAUGUAUUCACAUUAAAAGAUGUACAUCGAUCUAAAAGAUAUACAUAUAUAUAGAAGAUGAUGUCCAUAUGUAUUAGUUGAUUUGUCAAAAGCGACGUAGGUUCAGUCUGUCAGAUAGAAAGUCAUAAAAACCUAAAAGUGAUGCUAUAUAUAUAAGUCCUAGUCCGUGCGUUGAAAUCACCACCCAUCAUAACAAUAACAUCUCCAGUAAAGUGCAGGACAUCUUGCAAUGUGUCUUGGAGUAUGUGAAUGCCACUUUUUACCAGCUUAUUUUUCUACCACGUGUAUCCUUCUUGAUUCACGACGUACAUUUCAAUAAUACAUCUUUUCGGAGAUUAAAAACUGACUUUAUGUAGCACCAAGAAAGCUGCAUUUUCCCCAAAGCAAGUCUUUUUUUAUUUCACACAGAGAACGACACAACGAAAGAUUCGCCCAUGGUUGGCUGUUCUAACUGAAUUAACACAAUAUGUAAUGUAAUCACUGAAGAUAUCAUUGUCAAUGUCACAUUAUUAUUAGCAGUAGCACCGCUUUGAAUCCUCUUUUGUUCAAAUGAUAUCAUGCAGACAAACGUGACGUAACCUGUCUGCAUUUGUAUGGAAAACAUGUAUAUGCAUAACACUAAAUUCACUCAUCUUUCCGAUGCAACAUCAUUUAAAUGCCUUCAGUGAUUAAACAUUUGCAUUACAGUUCAAUAUAAAAGUAAAUCUAUCACGUGAGAGGUCCUUGCAUUUCAAAUGACCAUACGUCAUUUUCCAUACGACUGUUUUUCCUGCUUUCUCUGAAUUCCUCAUCUUAAAAAAUCGAAAUGUGAUAUGAUGACACGAGUAUCAUGCUACCAUGAUAAGGCCAUUAAUCCUUUUGAACACAGCGAUUCCCCAGCUAAUACGUGUAAAAAUAAAAAAUGCUUUUGCGUCCGACAAUAUUAACAUUCUAUCAAUCGUGGCUACUGGAACAUGAAAAUCAUAAAAGGAUUUCUGUACUGACAACAGGUGUUUGUAUUUGAAAUGAUUAAUACACAGAUGGGCCACAUAUUUCCCAAAUCUUCAAACAAAAAAAUGACAUACCAAUGAGUACACACUGUGCACCUAUAUAUGUUCAAAAGGUUUUUAUAUAUAAUUUGAUUAGGGUCUAAAUUUGAGCUCUCCUCGCAACAUUAUUGCAUUUAUCGUAUACAUGUCCCCAAAGAGGAAUAUUUACCCGUGAUGUACCCACUAGCAUGUAAUACUAGCCUAUAAAAUAAUCGAAGAACCAAGUAUGGCUCGUUAAUUGCUUAUUUUAAGAAUUGAACUCAAGACGAUAGUUUUCCUUGCACAAAAACAAAUGACAAGAGACUGACGAAAACAUGCAUGUUUAAGAUGCACCACGUUCUAAUUUUAAAUGAGAUUGCAGUUUAAACGGAGAAUUUCAUACAUAUAAAAUAAUUAGUAAUUUGAUUCUGUUCAAUCAAUCUCCUUCGUGUGUCUAACCAGUGGAGGGUUGACGUACACAUGCCCAACAUACUCCGAUCAGCUUGCCGAGACAUUUGAUACAUCCUCGUUUCACAGUUGACACAGCCUGUCUUUCCUUUAGCAGGCCCCAAUGCACUUUAGGUAUAUUUGUAGUGCUUGAUAAGUCAUUAUCUGAUAUGAAUGCAGAUAUAUUAUACCCGUCCAAAUUUUAUGACAAACAAUCAGAUAGAAUGGUUUAAACCUUUCAGGAAAUAAAAUCUAAGAUCCAUUGCAAAACUGUAGGAACGACCCUUGCAUUUGAGGAGUUGACUUAAAAGCUCGAACUGGUAAUUUGUCUGAUUACUGGAGUAAAAAUAUUGCUGUUGAAAUAAAGCUUGACAGAUUAUUGUCUGUUAUCUACAAACAUUUUCUCUCGUUAUAAAUCAUUACACAUUCACAGCAGAGAAGAAUCAAAACAAUUUCCUCUGGACAGGUCAUUGCUACAUUUUAGCUCACCUCGCAAGAUCUAAGAACACACACCUGGUAGAGAAACAUUAUUGCACUUUAUCUAGAAUGCUAAUUUGUCUCUAACUCUGUAGGACCAAUUUCUCCUUUUUCGUCUGCAAGACAUUUUUGUCCAUUGGAAUACUCAGUCACUCUGUUAUUCCUUACGCAGUUGAGUCUUAUGAUUGGGUUCACUGUCAACUUACGAAGCGGGAGAUAUCUCUGAUCAUGGCUGAAUCAUUUUUUUCCCAAUUUGCCACUGAUAUGAACUGAAGCAUCGAAAGUAUCUGUUUCUGUUGGUAUUAAACAUAGCUAAUUUUUCAGGCCACUGACAAUCCAGUCACUGAUAUAAGUCAUUCAUAUUAAAGAAUUAUCAUUAGAGCCUCUACUUUAUCUCAAUAUACAUUUAGGUUAGAAACAUUUGCUCCCCGCCUCAAUGGAGUCUCAUACAUUUGGAAAGUGGGACUACACAGUGUUUGGUGUCAUGGUGGCCGUCUCGGUGAGUAUUGGCAUAUAUCAAGCCAUAGUCGGCAGACAUGGUAAACUGGAGGAAUACCUUCUGGCUGGACGCUCAAUGACCUUCUUCCCCGUAGCGUUGUCGUUGAUGGCGACGUUCACGUCGUCGAUUACCAUGCUUGGAGCGUCAGCAGAGGCGUACAGCCACGGCAUCAUGUGGAGUCUCAGUGAGAUAGCCUUCUCCGUGGGAAACCUUCUGGAAUUAUACCUGUUGUUGCCCCUUCUGAAGAGACUCAAUAUCUCUAGCCCGUUCCAGUUCCUUGAAGGCCGCUUCAAAUCCCGAGCUCUGCGCAUCACAGUGACUUUGCUGGCGUGUGUUGAGAACCUUUUCUAUUUGAGCAUCAUCCUGUUUGGACAAGGCAUCGCAUUGCAGGCUGUGACCGGCUUCUCUAUGACCUGGUCGAUCGUAGUCACAUCAUCAGCAGCUGUUCUCUAUACUACGAUUGGUGGUCUCAAAGCUGUGAUUUGGACGGAUGUCCUCCAGUAUAUACUAAUGUAUAUCGGAAUGCUAGCCAUGAUUAUCAAGGGGACAAUUGACAGUGGAGGAAUCCAGGAAAUCUGGACCAGGGUAAUGGAUGGAGGGAGACUGACAUUCAUAUUUGACCUUGACCCGACUAUCCGCCAUACUGUAUGGAACGUGGGCGUUGCCAGGGUGUUCUGUGGAUUUGGUUGGCUCUUUAAACCUGCAUAUCUUCAGCGCAUAACAUCGACAAAGUCACUCACUCAGGCUAGAAGGGCGAUGUUACUUGGACUGUUCUGCUCACCUGCGUUUGGAGUCAUUUCAGUCAUCAGCGGUCUUCUGGCAUAUGGUUACUAUGACAACAAGAGAUGUGAUCCUAUGGCAUCCAAUCAGAUCAGCAAUCUUGAUCAGGUAUUACCCUUCAUGAUGCUCGACAUUUUCCGGAACUUGCCAGGAAUGCCAGGACUGUUUCUCUCAGCACUCUUCAGUGCAUCUCUCAGCUCAUUAUCAUCAGGUGUAUCUGCUCUCGCGAACAUAACAUGGGAGGACUUUAUCAAGCCCCGUGCUCCUCAAAUGUCAGACGUUCGGCAAUUGUUUAUCGCAAAGAUAGCAGUAUUGACAUGGGGAGUUCUGGUCUGUUGUCUGGCCCUGCUUGUCUCCCACUUGGGAUCAACGUCCAUCCUUCAGAUUUAGUACAGUGCCUCCUCAGUGACCGCUGGACCAGUAAGCGGCCUGUUCUACCUUGGGGCUCUCUUCCCCUUUGUCAAUACAAGAAGUGCAAUUCUUGCACUGCUUACUGGGCUCAGCUUCCUGACGUGGCUGGUGGUUGGUGCCAGUGUUUCCCAGGGGGUGAGGCAGACGCCCCCUCUCCCCCCUGCUCCAAUAGAUCACUGCCCAAGUGGUCAUCCAUCAUAUUCAAUGACUAACAUCACCUUGAUGAGCCCGAACUCAACAAAUCACAAUCUUCAGCAAUUUACAGGGUCAGGCCUGGAUGCCUUCUACAGCCUCUCCUACACUCUGUACCAGUGUUUUGGAUUCCUCAUCGUGCUCGUGGUGGGGGUUGCUCUCAGUCUGGCCACAGGUGGAAAUAUGGAUGGUGUUAACCCUCUCUAUGUGAGAAAGUACCUUGGGAGUAGAGAACCGGAAGAGGAAUAUGUUGUGACUGAAGGAACCAAGAUGCGCGAGCGUGACUCUACAGACAGGCAACUGUCAGAGGCUCCCGUCAAACACUGAGCUUGCAAUCACCUUCUAAAUCUCCAUAGCUACAUUGGAUGUGGAAAUUGGUUCCUGAUACGAAGUCAGUUGAGAUCAUGUAUGACAUUGAUGUCAUAUGUGACUUCUGCUUCUGCGUGCAGUCAUUCUUCUCAGGAUCAUCAACAACUUCGGAAAUCUCUCCCGUCAAUUUUAUCGUGUCGGCCAUUUUGACGUCUUGUACUUGAUGUAAAUGUAUUACGACACGCUGUCAUUGUGACUGACUUACUGAGGUAGUUCUUAACAGACCUGUCUCAUCUAAUAAGGAUGUUACUUGAGUACAUUUGUUCUAAAGAAACUACAAAAGUUGUCCCUGUUGAGCAUACAUAAGCUCAUGUCACCUUACGUUUUGAGGAACUAUUUUAUUCCGCGAUACAGCUGGUUGUUGUAUGGAUGUCAAUGUAAACAUUAAGUCACACGUACUAAAUAUAAUUGUGUAUAAAUCAAGGUCUACGUCAUUUGAGGUAAAACUAGUGAUAUAAAGAAUUAUAAGAAUUGACUUUCACUUUGUGUGAGUUCAUUGGAAUAUGAACCUUCAUAGAGUGAGGGCCAAACUGUAUGAACGUCGGAGCUUGCGACAGUUU